AUGGGCAAAGAUGAUGAAAAGCACCGCUACUUUCUGCAGCCCAUAAGAAAGUCGACGGAACGUCGGCUGGCGGCACAGCUGGGCGCCGGCGCCGACGGUUCCUCCGGAAAGAGCGGCGGCAGAGAGGGCGCCGCUGCGCUGAUGGACGCUCCGUUGAGCGCCCCGUGGCCCUGGUCGGCACUGGACGUGCGCGCAGGUCUGGACGCGGACGCGCUGAGGGUGUUCGUGCCGCCCGCCCUCGUCAACGGCAGCACGCACGGCGGAGACGCCUGGUUGGCGGCCCAGUUACCCGCGCAGGGUCCCAGGCUGGCACAGGCCCUACUGGAGGCCUUGCACGAACGGGCGCACCCUGCGGCGCGCUACCACUGGUCGCUCAACACCAGCGUCCAGGCGGCCCAGCUGGAGCGGUGCUUGCAGCCGGCCGGCGGCCUGGUGGCGCGACUGUCUCUGGAGCCCUCGCGCGCGCUGUUCACCCGCUACGUGUCCACGGUGCGCGCCCAGGGCAUCCAGGACGCCGCCUUCCUGUCGCCGGGCAACGUCACCUCGGAGAGGCUGUUCUACGUGCUGUUCGCCAUGGGCGGAUGCGGAGACGCCACGGGCGACGCCCAGAAGGGACGCGUCAACGCGGCGCUGCGCGAGACGCCGCAGUUCGCGGCCGCCUGGGACUGCCGCGUGCGGAGCCCCAUGGCACCCCGACAGCAGUGCCUGCCGCCCCGCGAGACGACGUCUUCUCCGUGAACAGCAGCAGCGACGUCGAAGAAGCACGCGGGCUGCAGGUUAUACUGCGCAUGCUCCCGU